CUCCUUUUUUUUCUUCCUUCUAUACCGUUCUUCCUCCACUUUUCAACCUCUGAACCAAAAUUUUAUAUCUUUUCCUCAUUCUCUUAUACCCUUUACAAACUUCUUCAAAAACACUUUUUUAUUUUUUUAGUUAUUUUUGUUACUCUACAAGAGCUACAAACAGUGGUUCUUGUAUUCUAUUCUUGAACUUUUUUUUUCUUUCUCUUCUGCCAUGGCUGUGACACAGUUUAAAAACCCCACUUGCUCAAAAACCCAACUUUAUUCAUCACAACUCUCAUUUCUAUCUAAGACUGUACCUAGGCGCCAUCACUGUACUUUUGCACCACUUCACAGAACUCAGCAUGCCAGAAUUUCUUGUUCUGUUGCGCCAAAUCAAGUGCAGGUGCCAGCUGCACAAUUCCAGGAUCCUAAGAGUAAGCCUGAUUGCUAUGGUGUGUUUUGCCUUACCUAUGAUUUGAAGGCUGAAGAAGAGACAAAAUCCUGGAAGAAAUUAAUUAACAUUGCAGUCUCAGGUGCUGCUGGAAUGAUUUCUAAUCAUUUACUUUUCAAGCUUGCAUCUGGUGAAGUUUUUGGUCCAAAUCAACCUAUUGCUCUAAAAUUAUUAGGAUCAGAAAGGUCAAUACAAGCUCUUGAAGGUGUUGCGAUGGAACUGGAGGACUCAUUGUUUCCUUUGCUGAGGGAGGUUAUUAUUAGCAUUGAUCCUUAUGAGGUGUUCCAAGAUGCAGAAUGGGCUUUGCUAAUAGGUGCAAAGCCUCGAGGACCUGGAAUAGAGCGUGCAGCUUUGCUAGACAUAAAUGGACAGAUUUUUGCAGAGCAGGGACAAGCACUAAACGCUGUCGCAUCGCGCAAUGUCAAAGUUAUAGUUGUGGGAAACCCUUGCAAUACAAAUGCAUUAAUAUGCUUGAAGAAUGCUCCAAAUAUUCCCGCAAAAAAUUUCCAUGCUUUAACUCGUUUAGAUGAGAACAGAGCAAAAUGUCAGCUUGCCCUCAAGGCAGGUGUCUUCUACGAUAAAGUGUCGAAUAUGACGAUAUGGGGCAACCACUCAACUACUCAGGUUCCCGACUUCUUAAAUGCCAGAAUCGAUGGUUUGCCUGUCAAAGAAGUGAUUAAGGAUCAUAAGUGGUUAGAGGAAGAGUUCACUGAAAAGGUUCAAAAGAGAGGUGGCGUGCUUAUUCAAAAAUGGGGAAGAUCAUCUGCUGCAUCAACUUCAGUGUCGAUAGUUGAUGCCAUACGAUCUUUAAUCACUCCUACGCCCAAGGGUGAUUGGUUUUCUACCGGUGUGUAUACCAGUGGAAAUCCAUACGGAAUAGCUGAAGAUAUUGUUUUCAGCAUGCCGUGUCGAUCAAAGGGAGAUGGUGAUUAUGAACUCGUCAAGGAUGUUAUAUUUGAUGACUACCUACGACAGAAAUUAGCCAAAACAGAAGCUGAGUUGUUGGCUGAGAAAAAAUGUGUUGCUCACCUAACAGGCGAGGGAAUUGCUGUUUGUGAAUUACCUGGUGAUACCAUGCUCCCAGGAGAAAUGUAACAAGCAAAUCUUCUGAAUGACAAAGCAGAUUUGGAAGAUCACACCAAUUGAUGUAAAAAUAAUGGUUAUGUGAUAAAGGUGAAAAACAUUUAUUGAGCAAUUAUUUAAAUUUCAAAACAUUCAUUUGAUUUUAAAGCCAUAUAAAGCUCAUCAAUAAUGUAAUAAGUGGGAUUUUGUAGUUAUGAAGCUUGAGAUGAGUCAGUCUAAAUUUCCAUGUUAGAUAAAUUGGAGUACAAUUUCAGUGUCUUACUCUUAAGCAUACUCUACAAAUUGUAUCAUCACAUUAAAUUAGACUCUUUGAGCUAAUUUUAAAUAAAAUCAAAGUUU